AUGCCUUACAACACCCGUCGCAAGUCACUAUCUCUCCCUUCACUCGGCAUUCACCUCCCCAACUCGUCGCGCCGCUCUCCCUCCGUCUCAAAACCUACUGCGACCGACGAUGUCCCGCCUACCAAGAAAGUGAAGAGGUCGCACACCUCAUUAUCACCCGAGCCUUCCACGGACCGCCGGGAAUCUGUCGUGCGCGCCGGCCGGCACGGAGCGUUCGAGCACACGCCGCCACCUUCCCCGAUGGAUGUUGGCGUCGCUCCGAAAAUCGAUACUCAAGGCAUUAACGAUGAUAUUGUCGUUGCGGUGAUCGAACAACUGGAGAAGACGGGAAAUCGCCCUCACCUCGUGAAGGAGUUGGCUGCGGUUCUCGUGAAUUUGAACUCGACUGUCGCAAAUUCCGCGAAUCCCGCUGCGCUCCUCUCCUCGCGCCUUGCGGCCUAUAUGAAGCGUCCGUGGACGGCUCUUUCGCCAUGCCCCAUGGCUAAAGAGUUGAUCCUCAUCCACCCGCGCAAAGUGUAUUAUUAUCUGACGACCUUCCCUCGUCAGCCCAUUCCCGAUCCAUCCGAUGAUCUUAUCUUGGGUGUCGACGGCAAACAUAUUACCCCCAGCGUUUCAAGUUUGGAUCAAGACGACGAGGACAUGAUUGCGCGCCAGCGCAGUCCCAGUCCCGAAGUCGAUUUGUCGUCGCCCGACUUUGAAGAGAACCAAGAUGUUGAUCUUAACAAUCCCGCGGGCCGGGGAACUUCUUCCGAUCAGUUCCCAGACCCGUCGAGCCAUACUCGCCUAAUGCACUCGCACCGUGCGGCUUCCCCGCCCCUGGAGGGCGACGAGAAGGAAUUCACUCAGACUGCCAGUGCGGUGCGCGAGCGUGCCUCUGAGGAAAAGGCCAACCAGUCGGCCCGGAGCCUCUCCGUCCUGUCCGAGGGCCUCAGCUCGAUAGACGAGGAGAUGAGCAUCUCCAAUUCUCCCGUGAACGGUGGCUCGCUCUCUCCGGCUGAUGACCGCAUGUCUGAACAGGAGUUCAGUGAUUACUUCUCUCACAUGAACCCCGCCGACCAAAUCGGCGCGGACUUGGAUGAGGCCGCUGCCGCCGCAUUGUUUGGCACAUCGCCUUCGCCUUCGCUCACCUCCGUGGCAUCGUCGGUCUCGUCUGGCACGAGCGCCGAUGCCGGGUUGGAUGCGGAGGAGCGGGCUGGCACGCUCCCUGCUGCUCCCCAGAUCAGUCUCCCCGACGUUGCUCCUGUCUCAACUCUCAAGCGAUCGCUCGAUAUGUUGAACAGCGGCCUCCCGGACGUGGACUUGAAGAUGUCCGAUUUGACCGAGUCGCAUGAGAAGCUCAGCUUGGGUCCCCGGUCCUUUACCGGCAUGGACGUCACCGAGCCCAUCUUCGACUCCUGGAGAGAGCUGCAGAACCCGGAGACCGUGGAAGUUGAUGAGCUGGAUGAGAUGUUUGGCGAAAUCUAA